AUGCCUAAGAUCAACAUCUCGAUCGAGGACGAGCAGCGCCAGUUUGAAGCUGAUGUAGCAGCUAUUGAGAAGCAAUGGAGCUCACCCAGGCAAGCACAUCUUAAGAGGCCUUAUACUGCCCAGACAAUCGCAGCACUACGAACUUCAAUUGAUACUACCAACCCUGUCUCAUCUUCCCAAGCUGUUAAGCUGUGGAAUCUGUUGCACGAGCAUAGGAAGAAUGGCACAACAGAACUGACAUUUGGUACCACUGAUCCCACUGUGGUUACUCAGAUGGCCAAACAUUGCCAGACCGUCUAUGUCUCUGGUGCUUUAUGUGGCUUCUCCGAGGUCUCCGUGCCUGGUAUGGACGCCUGUGAUUAUCCUUGGGAUACUGUCCCCAAGGUUGUAAGCAAGAUCUCCAAAUCACAACAAUGGCACGAUCAGAGACAGCGCCAGUUCCGACUACGCCACUCACAAAAGGAUCGCGCCAAUCUGGAGAAUUGGGACUACCUCGCUCCCAUUGUCGCGGAUGGUGAUAUGGGCUUCGGGUCACUUACUUCGACCAUGAAGAUGGCCAAGGAGUUUGUCGACGCUGGGGUGGCCAUGAUUCAUCUUGAUGACCUCGCUAUUGGAAUGAAGAAGUUUACCAUUGGACAAGGUCGCACCGUCGUACCUACGAGCGAAUACAUUGACCGACUCGCAGCAGUCCGCAUGCAGUUUGAUAUCAUGGGUGCAGAGACGCUGUUGCUUACGCGGUGCGACACUGACCACUCUGAGUUUAUCACCAGUGUGAUUGACGAGAGAGAUCAUGAGUACGUGCAGGGAGCCACCAAGAGCGUCGAACCUCUCAAGGAGUGCCUUGCCAAGGCCCAGGCCAAUGGCGAAGAUCUCAAGGCCGCUCGGAACGAUUGGAAAUCCCGAGCUGUUUUGCGGACAUUUGACGAAGCCGUCAAGGAUGUCGCCACAGAGAACGAAUUCGACGCUUAUAUUACUGAGGUCAGACAGACGCAAUUUCGUUCGCUGACUUCUCGCCGUGAGAUUGCCGCAAGGACGGUGAAACAAACUGUCUUCUUCGAUUGGGACAUUCCCAGGUCUGCAAUGGGCCAGUACUUCUUCAAGUCGUGCGUCAAGGCUAUCAUCGAGCGCGCGCUCGCUGUAGCCCCUCUAGGCGACGUGACCUGGGCCAGAAUGGAUGCGCCCAACUGGGACGACAUUGUCGAAUUCCACACUGCGGUGCGAAAGGUGCAUCCUGAGCGUCUCUUUGCCUUUGGCUAUACCGGCGACUACGACUUCGGAAAGGCAGGCUUCUCGCCUGAGCAGGUCAAGACAAUGCACCUGGACAUGGCCAAGAUGGGAAUCGUAUGGCAGGUCCAGCCGAUCUGGAGCUUGCAGGGGUUGUUGAUGGCGACCGAUGACUUUGCUAAGCUGUGGGCAUCUGAGGCCAUUGGCGGAUAUGUGAGAGAGGUUCAAACGCCGGCUCUAGCACGGACUCCCAUGGCGGACGGUUUCGAGAAGCUGAGCUGGUGUGGCGGGUAUCUAUUAGACUCAUUCUACGAGACUGUAGCUGGAGAGAAGAUUGUGGAGAAGCAGUAA